AUGCGCUCAUUUUCCUCCAUACGACAGCAGUUCUCCUGUCCUGAAAACAUUUCCAUGUCAAAGUUUUCUAUUGAAUUCCUGAAGAGUGCUCACCAGCAUCUUGAAGUAGAGGGCGAAGAUAAAGUGGAUGUUCAAAAUGCAACAGAAGAGAAAGAAAUUGAGUGCAACUACCUUGUCAAUGCCUGUGGACCAUGGGCCGCUGAGUUAGCUCUCAUGGCAGGCAUUGGUAGAAGUGACCAUACUUGUCACAUCAUGAGGACUAGACUACCAGUAGAGCCCCGUCUACGCUCUGUGUUUGUGUUCAAGUGUCCCACUGAUCUCCCAAACUGCCCUCUAGUCAUUGCCAAAAACAUCUAUUGGAGAAGGGAAUCCACUGGGACAUUUCUUGCUGGCUAUGUCCCAUCAAAAGCAGUGGAUAAAGCUGCAGAUGGAGUUGAUUUAGAGGCCGUUGAUUACAGAGUGUUUGACGAAGUAUUGUGGCCGUCUCUAGCAGAAUGGGUUCCUGCUUUUGAGGAAUUGAAGGUGCAAAGUGGGUGGUCUGGUUACUACGAAUACAAUACAUUGGAUCAGAAUGCAAUUAUUGGGACCCAUCCUGUCGUUACCAACUACGUAUUUGCCAAUGGGUUCAGUGGACAUGGAAUACAAAUGGCGCCAGGUGUGGGCAGGGCUGCCUCCCACAGAGCAUGUGUAUGCAAUCCAUACAAAGCAAGGCGAAACAGACGCUACGGCUCAAUUUCCCUUAGACGCAAGAGCAAACUACGUCGCUCUGCUUCGGUGAACGACAAGAGUGUCUGGAGCAUCAGUAUGGAAGAAGCAAACAGACAUCCAAAUGUCAGGAAUUCUGAGAUUGUGGAGAGAGACGUAUUUCUUGACCUUCUCUCAAAAGUACAGGAUAAUCGGUAUGAUAACCAGCGAUAUGUCCCCAGACCAGGCAGUGGCAGAAGCACAGACCAGAUAGAUCAUGGGCCAGCUAAUGGAGUCAUCCACAAUGGAGAUACUUGCAGUGACACUAGCACUCCAGACAUCCCAGCCAUUGAGGUGUCUCCCAGUGACACUCCCCCAACUAGCAUCGCAGACGAGGACAGGGACAACUCUCUCAUACCACCUGCCAUGGGAGCACGCUCAGCAGUCACUCCUGGUCGGAGAGCCAUGGAAGCCCUCAACAAAGUUAUAGCCGAGGCUGGACCUUACCCAAUGAUCAUUGAGCCACCAGACAAAGGCUGGGUGGUACACACAGACGAAGAUAUUGAUAAUGCCUGCAAUGAAGAUGGGGUUUGGAGUGCCCCCGAGAUCAGUACUGAUCACUAUGUGCUGGAUUCUGACACUGCUGCGUUUGCAUAUGGCAAGCACUUUCUGGGACGGGCCCACAAGAAUUACAUGGGCAGGGAUCCAAAGGUUGGACCAGUUCUCUUCUCUAUUGUCAAGGAUGAGGACUACCGUGGGACCAAUAUGAGACUCAUUCUCAGGACUCAGAGUGGCACAGUGUACCGGGUAGUCCCGGAAUCACAGCUUUACCACAUGAAAGAGAUUGAGGACAUCAUCAGGUUUACUUCAAAGUUGGGAGGAAUAGAAGAGAUAAAGGUGGAGCAAGCCAUCAGAAUCCUUUAUCCCAAGGUACAUGAGAUGAUCAGAAAGUUCGAUGAGCACAAGGUGGCCUACACCCACAAGUUUGGGGUCAUAUAUCAGAGAAAGAAUCAGACGUCCGAAGAGGAACUGUUUCGUAAUCGGCACUCCUCGCCAGCAUUUGACGAGUUUAUGGAGAUACUGGGGGACAGGAUUCAACUGAAGGGCUUCAAUGGGUAUCGUGGAGGGUUGGAUGUGGCAGGUGAUCAGACGGAGAGCAUUCAGUCUACACUGAGUACAAAAGACCGAGAGAUCAUGUCCACGUGUUCUACGCUCUUACCUUUUGAUGAGCAGGAUUCUCAACAGGUAACGUGUGAGAGCUAUGGUGUGAGUGCAAGUAUUGAGAACCUUUCGAGAAAGAUUUCUUACACAAUUUUGAGGUUGGGAGCAUUUGAAUAU